AUGUUGGAUGUCUGCAGUCGGGCCUUGCGGCUCUGCUGUCAGACCUCACAGAGCACGGAGCUGCUCGUCAAGCAGAAGGACAAGCUGGAUCCGAAUAAAAGGGCGAAUCAGGAAUGUAGGUGCGGGUGGCUUUUGAACUGCCCACAGACUGUCACAGAGAGGGGGGGGGUAGGGGGGGGGGAAGGGAGGGAAAGAGGGAGGGGGAGAGAGAGCGAGAAAUGCAGAGGCAGCAGCCGCGGUAGCGGCGGCAUUGCUCCAGCAGGCACCAGGCACUCCAGUGCCGGGCGGCGAGCGGGGGAGCCGCAGCGCUCGGAGCGGGGCGAGCGGGCACGGGGCCACCCGGGGCGCUCGGUGACACGGCCACACGCGGACACGAGAGGGGCACGGAGGAGAGGCACGCAAGAGCUCCAGAAUGGGAGGCAAACUGAGCGAAAGAGAAGAGGGUACAGUGUCAAUGAUGAAAAAGCUAAAGAAGACAAGAAGGCUGAAGGAGCAGCAGCUGAGGAAGAGAACCCAAAGGAGGCUGAGGAUUGCCCGCAAACCACAGAGACCACAGAAGAGGAGAACAACAAGGAGGAGAAGGGUGAGAAGGAUUCUCAGGUCGCUGCCAAUAAGACAGAAGAAAAAGAAGGGGAGAAGAGAAACGUGACCCAGGAAGAAAACCCAGAAAGCAAACCAGAGAAGUCAGAGGCUGUUGUCGAUGCGAAAAUAGAGCCACAGAAGAACAACGAACAGGCACCCAAGCAAGAGGAGCCAACUGCAGCCUCUGCUCCUGCUGCCAGUAGUGAAGCACCCAAAACCUCUGAGCCUAGCAGCGAUGCAAAAGUUCUCAGACCUUCAGAAGCCACAGCUCGCAAAGCAGAUGACAAGAGCAAAGAAGAAGAAGCCAAAAAGACUGAGGCUCCCGCAACGCCUGCAGCAGAAACUAAAAGCGAAGUGGCCCCAGCUUCAGACUCAAAACCUAGCAGCAGCGAGGCUGCACCUUCUUCCAAGGAGAGCGCGGCAGCCACAGCAGCACCUAGUUCCACUGCCAAGGCCUCGGACCCUGCAGCCCCACCAGAGGAAGCGAAACCUUCUGAAGCCCCAGCGACUAAUUCGGAUCAAACCAUAGCAGUGCAAGAUUAAAUUGGACAGCCUAUUGAAACAACCACUUAAAACAACCUGUGUCUUUUUUUUAUUUUUCAGCUAUACUAACUUGUUUCAGAUCUGAAAUAACAAUAAGUAUUGCCCA